GAAACGUCGAUUUAUUACUGGAGCGUGCGACCACCUGCAUUCUAAUACCCCUUCGAUCCUGAUAUUUGAGUCUUUGCCCUCCUGUCUCUCUCUCUCUCUCUCUUGCAUUCCCUCAUUUCCUCACCGCUUCCGAUCUUCCAAAAAUCAAAUCCGCGGACGGGAAAAAGGGAGAGGGUUUCUCUAGAGUUCCCAAAUCGUUCAAACCCCUCAAAUCGUCCGUCUCUUUCCCAAUUCCUCCAGAAAUCCCUCGAUCUCGAUCUAGAUCUCGUCUCUCCCGAUCUCAUCUCCCACGAUUAGGUCUUGAAUCGUUGAAAUCUCGUCCUGUUUUCGAAACCCCGGAAUCUUCUCCCGAGCCGUCUGAUCCACGUGUCCCGAGACCGCGAUGGAGGCCAUGGACGAGCUGACCCAGCUAUCUGAAUCGAUGAUGCAGGCGGCUGCUCUUCUUGCUGAUGAAGAUGUGGACGAGUCUUCAUCAAAGAGGUCAUCCACUUUCCUCAACGUUGUGGCGCUCGGCAAUGUUGGUGCUGGAAAGUCGGCGGUCUUGAACAGUUUGAUUGGGCAUCCCGUUCUUCCAACUGGAGAAAAUGGCGCUACACGGGCUCCUAUCGGUAUUGAUUUACAAAGGGAUAGUUCUCUAAGUAGCAAAAAUAUUGUUUUGCAAAUAGACAACAAAGCUCAGCAAGUUUCUGCAAGCGCUCUUCGGCAUUCUCUCCAAGACAGGCUAAGCAAGGGUGCUGGUGUUCACGGCUCGGGAAAGAGCCGUGCAGAUGAGAUAUAUUUGAAGCUACGUACCAGUACAGCUCCUCCGUUGAAAUUGAUUGACUUACCUGGAUUGGAUCAGCGGGCUAUGGAUGAUUCUAUGAUCAGUGAUUAUGUUGAGCACAAUGAUGCAAUUUUGCUUGUCAUAGUACCCGCAACUCAAGCACCAGAUAUUUCUUCAUCUCGUGCCCUUAAACUGGCUAAGGAAUUCGAUUCGGAAGGUACCAGAACCAUUGGUGUUAUUAGUAAAAUAGAUCAAGCAUCAACAGACCAGAAAACCCUUGCUGCUGUUCAGGCUCUUCUCUUGAAUCAGGGACCUCGUAGCACAUCUGACAUUCCAUGGGUUGCUUUAAUUGGUCAAUCUGUUUCUAUUGCCUCUGCACAAUCUGGGUCUGUUGGCUCUGAAAACUCAUUGGAAACUGCUUGGAGAGCGGAGAGUGAAAGCUUAAAAUCCAUACUGACAGGAGCUCCUCAAAGCAAGCUCGGAAGAUUAGCUUUGGUGGAAACCCUUGCUCGCCAGAUUCGUAAACGGAUGAAAGUCAGGCUUCCAAACCUCCUGUCUGGGCUUCAGGGUAAGUCCCAAGUGGUUGAGGAUGAGUUGGUAAGGCUUGGGGAACAAAUGGUUCAUAGUGCUGAAGGAACAAGGGCUAUUGCUUUGGAGCUCUGCCGAGAAUUUGAGGACAAAUUUCUCCAGCAUAUUGCAACUGGCGAGGGUGGUGGUUGGAAAGUUGUUGCAAGUUUUGAAGGAAAUUUUCCAAACAGGAUCAAGCAGCUUCCAUUGGACAGACAUUUCGAUAUCAAUAACGUCAAACGGAUUGUGCUGGAAGCUGAUGGUUAUCAACCAUAUCUCAUAUCUCCUGAGAAAGGUUUAAGAUCUCUUAUAAAAGGGGUCCUGGAGCUGGCGAAAGAACCAUCACGUCUUUGUGUGGAUGAGGUUCACCGUGUGUUGAUAGACAUUGUUUCUGCAUCUGCAAAUGCUACACCAGGUCUUGGUAGAUACCCUCCUUUUAAGAGAGAGGUUGUUGCCAUUGCAUCUGCUGCUUUGGAUGGGUUUAGAAAUGAGGCCAAAAAGAUGGUGGUUGCGCUAGUUGAUAUGGAACGCGCUUUUGUUCCCCCCCAACACUUCAUCCGUUUAGUGCAAAGAAGGAUGGAUAGGCAACGUCGGGAGGAAGAGCAGAAGAACCGAUCCUCCAAGAAAGGGCACGAGGCAGAGCAAGCCAUGCUAAACAGAGCAACUAGCCCUCAGACAGGAGCCCAACAAAGUGGGGGAAGCUUGAAAUCAAUGAAGGACAAAUCCAAUCAACCAGAGAAGGAUGCAAAAGAGGGAUCGACUUUGCAGAUUGCUGGGGAUUUGGUUGCAGGAUAUCUGUUGAAAAAAAGUGCAAAAAACAGUGGAUGGAGCAGGCGAUGGUUUGUUCUAAACGAGAAAAAUGGCAAGCUUGCAUACACCAAAAAGCAAGAGGAGAGGCAUUUUCGUGGUGUCAUCAUUUUGGAGGAGUGUAAUUUAGAAGAGGUUCCAGAUGAUGAUGAACCUCCAGCAAAAAGUUCCAAGGAUAAGAAGGCAAAUGGACCAGAUUCAGGAAAAGGUCAAAGUCUUGUGUUCAAGAUUACUAGCAAGGUUCCUUAUAAAACUGUUUUGAAAGCCCACAGUGCUGUUCUUUUGAAGGCUGAGAGUAUGCAAGAGAAGGUUGAGUGGAUAAACAAGAUAAGAAGUGUUAUGCAGCCUUCAAAGGGAGCUCCUGGCAAGGGAAUGCAAUCUUCUGAAACUGGCCUGCCCAUUCGACAAAGUCUUUCUGAUGGUUCUCUGGACACAAUGGCUAGGAGGCCUGCAGAUCCAGAAGAAGAGCUCAGGUGGAUGUCUCAAGAAGUCCGAGGUUAUGUGGAGGCUGUUUUGAACAGUCUUGCUGCCAAUGUUCCCAAAGCUGUUGUUCUCUGCCAAGUUGAGAAGGCAAAAGAAGACAUGCUUAAUCAGCUAUACAGCUCUAUCAGUUCCCAAAACAAUGCGAAGAUUGAAGAACUUCUUCAAGAGGACCAAAAUGUAAAGCGUAGGAGGGAGCGUUACCAGAAACAGUCAUCGAUUCUGUCGAAACUCACUAGACAGCUUAGCAUUCAUGACAACCGAGCAGCUGCAGCGAGCUGGUCCAAUGGUGGAGCAGAGAGUAGCCCAAGGACCACUACUGCAACUGGUGACGAUUGGAGAUCUGCAUUUGAUGCUGCAGCUAACGGACCGGUGGAUCACUCCAGCUCAUUUGCUGAAUCGAGGUCAGGUCCCAACGGUCACAGCCGGCGGUACAGUGACCCAGCACAGAAUGGUGAUGCAAACUCGGGGUCGAAUUCGAGCAGCCGCCGCACCCCCAACCGGUUGCCACCUGCACCCCCACAGUCUGGUUCAUCCAUGUAUAAAUACUAAGCUGAGUGUUGUGAUUGGCAGUUGAUAUCUCCUAUAUUCUUCUUUAUUGGGGGGUGUGCUCGUCUCUGUGGUUGAGCAUUUUGAUGAGCAGAUUCUGGUUUAUAUGAUAUAUGGAAGCAGCCGAGGAAAUGAUAGGAUGUGUACCUAGGAUUUGCAGUUGCAGUUGCUCUAUUUUUUCCACCCUAGGGUUUCAAGGUGUGCUUGAAAUCUUAACACGGGCCUCUUAUGUCAAGUUCUCUUGCUUAUUAUAUUCCAUCUGUUCCUCUUUUUUU